AGGAACUGACUGUCAUUAUAUUAUGUUAUGACUCUGAGAUAAUGAGCACAGACAGCCCUAUGAUCUGAAUUUCAGUAUGUAACGAGGCUGUAAAUGAAGGACUUUGCCUUUUCUUCUAAACCUUUAGAAACCACAUUUAACAAACAACAUUCAGACAUGGACGAUAUAUCUCGGCUGAGACGUAACAUUCAAAGCUUUGACUUCCAUCACUGUAGUCUAGGAUCCCAGGGGUUUGAUCGAGUGCUCAUUCAGCUUUUUGGGUUUGCGGGUCAUGGAAAGUCCUCCUUUAUUAACACCUGUAAGUAUGUCUGGGAUGAUGGAGAGUUCAGGAACAUAGCACAGGCUGGAAGAGAUGACGGUGCUCGGACCACGGAAAGAAUAUCAUAUGAACUGACAAAAAACAUCACUCUGGUGGACAAUCGUGGCUGUUUCAAAAUGGAUGAUUACGAGAAGGGAGAAAUCUUUGCUCAACUCGCUAAUUUACUUCCAGUGGAUGAUCCCGUCGAAUGGAACAAGGGAUUGGUACUUAUGGACCGGAUAUUUGAGGCAGAAUAUCGAAUAAAUACCUCUGACUUUAUCGUUCCUAUAUUUAUCUACAGUGUGACGAAAUCCAUAGCAUCUGCUGAGAUAAAUGGACUACGAGAGUUGCUCACAGUGGCUAGAGAUCUGACAGGAAUAUUUCCACUCGUUGUUCUAACCCAUCAAACACACGGGAAUGUGGCCAAAGCCCAGAGCCUUUUCAGGGAUAUGGGGGUGGAGCGGAUCUUUACAAUAGAGAAUUAUACCCCAGAGGAUCACAUAAAGACACGAGGAAGACAUGAAGAAGUCCUGAAGAUCUUAAAUGAGGUCAUUAAAGAUGUCAAAUUCCGAAUGAGAGAUCAGCAAAAUCCAGUGAUGAAACUGAGAGAGCGGAUGCAAUACAUGUUCAAAUAUGUCUAUGAACGUGAAUUAAGAAUACGGGAAGAGGUAAAGGAAUUGGAGAAAGUGAUGCAGCUAAACCUGAUGGCCAUGGCAUUAAAGAAAACGAAGACAGAAUCUGAAAUGGAACGAGAACAGGAUGAAAUAAGACACGAACAAGAAAAGAGACGCCUUAAAGAGGAAAUGGAAAAAGAAAACGAGAAGGAAAGACAGUUACUGGAAAUGGAGAUGAAGAAACUUCAGGAGGAGCUGGAGAGGUUUGACUUGAAAAACAAGAACAAAAAAACAAACAAACAAAAGAAAGAGCCGUGUGCGUUACAGUGACGCUCCCGGGGAAACCUGUAAUGUGGGGGCCAGGAAACACACCCCACGAUGUACAUCUCAUGUAAUGGACACUCGAUGACACUGUACAGAAUGUUUCCAUUCAUCUUUGAGUGCAGUUUGCAGAAUUUACUAGAAAGAGAACAUUUAUUAAACAUUGGGAAAAUCCCACAGAUUAAUAACUGAAGGUGUAUA